AUGUAUCUUAUAAGCGGACGAGGCAAAUCAGCUUCAAGGAAAAAGAGCAGGACACCACCCGACGCGCAGCGGCAAGCCCGAAUCGACAGCGAAGAGCCAAGUCCACCCAUCGGCAAUAUCGGGCUAGACAGCCUGGACAUCACUGCAGACUAUGAUGACAAUGCUAUUGACGACCACAUCAACGACCCUGAGCUUCUGGGUGAGCUAGAAGCCCUGCGCGCAGAAAUGGGGCUGGGUGCUGUUUCGCCAAAACGGCCAAAGCAAAAGCAUAUUGCGGCCGAGGCGGAUUCCCUCGUGGAGCAGCCCAUGCACAUUGCCGGGUUUGACGACGACGACCGAGCGCUGGACAGCGUCGAUGUGACGGAAGACGAUAUGAACGACCCGACGCUGCUGGCCGAACUGUCGAGAGUUUCCGAAAGCCCCCAUGCCCAAACACAAGCAGCAAAAGCAAAAUCCAGGGCAGCAGAAGCGACAGAAGCGACAGAAGCGGCGGCGGCAUUCGCGCUGCCAACGCCCGGGGCUGGCCAGAGUGAUGCAGUGGCUGUUUGUCUGGCUGAGCGCCAGGCGCAGCUCAAGACCGCUGCGCUGGUGGCUAAGCGCGCCGGGAAUAUGGACGGUGCGCGGGAGAUGCUCGUACAGAUGAAGGAUGUGCAGUCGGCGCUGGCGCUUCUGCAGAGUGGGCAGCCGCUGCCGCCAGGAUUCACUGUUCCGCCAGCGCCUCUGCCGUCUGCUGCGCCCGCAGAGCCGGCCGAAGCCGAAGCCGAAGCCAAAGCACAAGCACAAACAGCAGCCAAACCACAGCCAGCAGCCAAACCACAGCCGGCAGCCAAACCGCAGCCAAUAACUAAACCACAGCCAGCAGCCAAAGCGCUGUCAGUAACUAAGCCCCAGCAGAAAAAGCUUCAGGCAGCGCCAAUCCCGGCUCCUCGCGAGGCCCUCGACGACCAUGUCGGCCACAGACUGGCACUGGAGGAAAUAGCGACGUCGUUUGCGGCCAUGAAAAAUAAGCUCGCGUCGCAGGCGGCAGAUGCCACGCGGUUGGCGGCGUACUUCCUCAAGGCCGGCGACAAGCCCACAGCGCUCGAGUUCCAUCGGCUGAAGAAGCGUGCAGUCGCUGACCUGGCGACAGCCGCGUCCUACGAGGCUAACGGCCGCACGCUGCCGCCGCCAUUCCUCCACCGCGAGGUGCGAUGGAUGGCGCCGAGCGAGCAGCCGCGGGACAUCUCGGCGAGCGAGCUGCAAAUAAGCAUUCGACGUGUGGUUUCGGACGGCGACCUCAAGGCGACGCUGCAGGGCGAGUCGGGCUUUUACCUCCAAUGGGAGCUUGGCUGGCCCAAGGACGCCGGCGGCCAGAAGGCAUAUACGCGCACGGUACGGUACAGGGAGUUUGAGGAGAGCCGAGGUGAGUUGGAGCUGGGCUAUGUGCGCAAUGUGGAGUUUGUCAAUCGCCAGGCUGUGCGGCCGCUGGUGAGGUGGGUGGAGCGCGGCCGCCUGAUCGUCGACCUGUACAAGUACAUGGGCCUGCUGUGGGGCUCGCAGCUGGUCGGCAGGGCGACGCUGCCGCUGGCCGAGCUGCGCGAAAAGGCGGAGGUCGCUGCCUUGGUCGAGAUUAAGGCGGCAACGGCAGCGGCAACGGCGUCGGAAGCAGCCAGCAGGAUGGCAAAGCCCUUGGUUGGCGGCCCUGUCUUUGUGGACGUGUCUGUGCGCCUCCGCCUGCCGCUGAACAACACGCCCGAGCCUAUCAAGUACAUUGAGCGCUGGAUAUAUAUUGACAAUCAGGAGCAGCCUCCUCAUGCAGUUAUUGACACUGUGCCAGAGCGUGCUGCUGUCUCCUCUGCCGACAACCAGCUGCCGCUGUCGCCUCCAGAGGCGCCCGGCCCAGCUCCAGAACCGGUUCCUGCAUUGGCCGAGCACAAAGAGGCAGUCGCAGAUCCCGGCACGCCCUUGCUGCUGCUGCCGGCCGACGACAUAUCCGCGCAUCUCGACUCAAUGGACACAACGCUCUCGAACGCAGUGCUCGAGCUCGAGCUGCUGCAGAUUCCUGCACGCAUACGGGAAGAGACCCGGGACAAGGAGGCGGUAGCGCAGCUGCGUGAUCUCGAAGAGGCAAUUAAGCUGCGCAUGAGCGUGGUCGCCGCGCAGGUCGGCGCUGGCACGCUGACCAUCCAAGAUUACAUGGUCGGUGUGGAGGCCGAAAUGGCGCAGACGAAGGAGUGGGCGUUAGCGGCGAAGAAACAGGGCAGAAAGGAUCUGGCUUUGCGCGCGCUCAAGCGCGUCAAGGCCAUGCAGAACGAGCUCAAUGAGAUGAAGGCCGCCAUGGAAAACGAGUGA